GGCACUGGGGAGAGUGGAAAAAGCACGUUCAUUAAGCAGAUGCGUAUCAUUCAUGGCUCAGGCUACUCUGAAGAGGACAAAAAAGGUUUUACCAAGCUGGUAUAUCAAAACAUCUUCACUGCCAUGCAGUCCAUGAUCAGGGCCAUGGAAACCCUGAAGAUUCUGUACAAAUACGAGCAGAACAAGGCCAACGCAGUCCUGAUCCGGGAGGUGGAUGUAGAAAAGGUCAUGACAUUUGAGCAGCCCUACGUAAGUGCAAUUAAAACCUUGUGGAACGACCCUGGAAUACAGGAGUGUUAUGACAGAAGAAGAGAAUACCAACUUUCUGAUUCAGCUAAAUACUAUCUCAGCGACGUGGAUCGUAUCGCUACCCCAGGAUAUCUACCAACUCAGCAAGAUGUGCUACGGGUUCGAGUUCCUACGACUGGGAUCAUAGAGUACCCCUUUGACCUAGAGAAUAUUAUCUUCAGAAUGGUGGAUGUUGGAGGUCAGAGAUCAGAACGGAGGAAGUGGAUCCAUUGCUUUGAAAAUGUGACUUCCAUCAUGUUUUUAGUAGCACUUAGUGAAUAUGACCAAGUUCUGGUGGAGUCUGAUAAUGAGAACCGGAUGGAAGAGAGUAAAGCCCUCUUCCGAACCAUUAUCACCUAUCCCUGGUUCCAAAACUCAUCAGUUAUCCUCUUUCUGAACAAGAAGGAUCUGUUGGAAGACAAGAUCCUCUAUUCCCAUCUCGUUGACUAUUUCCCAGAGUUUGAUGGCCCGCAGAGGGACGCGCAGGCAGCCCGCGAGUUCAUCCUCAAGAUGUUUGUGGAUUUGAAUCCAGACAGUGACAAAAUCAUCUACUCCCACUUCACGUGUGCCACGGACACCGAGAACAUCCGCUUCGUCUUCGCGGCCGUGAAGGACACCAUCCUACAGCUCAACCUGAAGGAAUACAACCUGGUUUGAUCCCCCCCCCCCCUCCCUCCCCUUGGAAAGGAAUCGUUGGUGAAAAGAAAAAGACAAAAAAAGGAGAAAAAAAAAAAAAAAGAAUAAUUUUAAACAUGACCGGAAAAAAAA